UAUUUUACAUACUCUUUGACUGACCCGCCGACAGAUUAAAGCAUCGAAACGCGUGCAAUUUCACAAUCUUUUUGUUUGUUUCCUUGUUAAUAGAAAAGAACGCAGAGUAGAUUAUAAUGAGUAAUUUUGCCGCUGUGAUACACUACAAAGAAAGCAAUUUAUAAAACAAAAUAUUACAGUGUAUUGUGAGACAGUAAAAUAAUGAAUUUGACAUCGCUGCAGCCUUUCUCUAAGAAUUGUCGUAAACCUUGUGGGAUCGAUUUUUAGGUGUUUAUUAAUGAAAUUAGUAGAGUGUAUGUGAGUGAUAUAGUUCAAUCGUAUAAUUUCUUUCUUCAUGUUUUUUCAUAGUGGCCGCAAAUACAAUCAAUAGAGAUAACAAAAAAUGCAUAUUCUCCAUGCGUUUGUAAAUGUUCCGUUCGGUAAUACUAAUAUUAUGUUAUAAUCUUAACUGGAGCUGAAUCAUCUGUAUAUUCCACUUAACAUUAAAGUGAUAAAUCUUAAUACAACAGUGACGUGAUGAGUGAUUAUUUUAUUAUAAUGUUUGGGUUCCACUGAAGUGCUGUCUGUAUUCGUAUAAGGCACCGGAGCCACAUCGCGAAUGAGUUGGCGGCGCACCACACCAACACGACUUCCGAGGACUUUGAGUGUACGCCAAGUGACCUCUAUAAAUCCAAUAGUAUGUGAUAGAGUGGGGGCGGGCGCGUAGAGAGCACGGGGCGGGCGGCACCAUGUCUGCGGCGCUGCUGCGGCUGCUGCUACUGGCGCUGGCCGUGUGCUCCUCCUACGGCGGCGGGUGCACGUUUCCGGCGGGCUGGGCGGGCAGUUGGUUCCAGUCGGGCAGUCCGGCCCUCAUCGCCAUUAACGCCACGCACAUACACUCGAAAGGCGAGUGCUACGAGUCCGAGUCUUACGACAAGUUCCUGCUGUACGACAGGCGCGAGGACUGCUUCAGAUGCAUGGUUAUAUUAGAGAAGCACAAAUAUGUCCUACAAUACAAAGAGAGUAAGUACCACAUUAUUUUUACUAGUUGUCAGUUUUUGCCUUGACGGCAUUCGGCUGUG